AAAAUUAAUAUCCUUCGCUCAUGAGAAGAAUGCUUCAACCAGUUUGAAAUUUUAAAAAGGCAGCGUGCUUCCUUUAAUGAUCUGAAGCAGCCACAACUACAGAUGUGCUUCAUUCGGAUUCUUGAACCCCUUUAGUGACUAAAGCAUAUUUAUUAGUCACCCCAUUUCUUCAUUGCUUGAGUUCUCAACAAGGUUGGAGAUGCAGUCUUAAAACAGCUAUAAAGUUUCCACAUUAGAGUAGGUUUGUGGGUCUCUCUCUCUCUCUCUCUCACACACACACACACACACAAAUUCAAAUGAAAAAUUAAGCGCAUGAACGUUUUCCAUACUUAUACCAGAAGGAGAGAGAGAGAGAGUAAGAGAGCGUUUACGCAGUACACAAAUAGAACAUCAUUAUUUCCUGGGAAAAUUCAAAAGACAGAAAAAAGAAACUGAACGUUGAAGGGAAUUAUUAACUCAGACAAGUGGGACCCAAGCGCUGCUUAAAAAAAAAUUAAAGAUUUGAGCCCUCCCAAGCAUGUUUAGGAGAGAGCCCACAUUGAGCCACAGAAAUACCUGAAAAAGUUGAACUCCACCCUUCUCUUUUCUCGUCUGCCCUUUGCACCAUGUGGACCCAGUGGGCGAGCGCUUCUGGUUGCUCUUCCAAUUUGAAUUUCAAAUUUCUUCGGAGGAAUAGAACAUGGGAAUGAACGAAGAAAACCCCAGUUGAAAGUUUGGAUUUUUUUUUUAAGUUUUCCACAGUGCAGCGCAGAGUGAGUCAUGGGGGAAUCAGCUUGUCUCAUGCAGCCAUUCUCUUAUGUUUCUGGCAUUUCCAAUGAAGCCAAAGAGGGAAACCCUUUGCGUGCCCUAGGAGAGUCCAUCUCAUUUGGGAGGUUUGUGUCGGAGUCAUUAGCCUGGGAGAAAUGGUCCUCCUUCUCUAGCAACCGCUACGUGGAAGAGGCUGCAAAAUACUCCCGCCCGGGAUCGGUUGCUCAAAAGAAAGCCUUCUUUGAAGCACAUUAUAAGAGCAUUGCUGCUAAAAGGGCAGCGGCCUUGCUUGAGCAAGCAAAUGCUGCAGCCAAUUGUGAACCUGGAGCAGAAUUCAAAGAUGCAGUGCAUGAUACUACUGCCCAUGAUUCGCAUAUAAUUAUUUCCAACUCCCACACUGCUGUUAAUCCAGACCCACAGCUUGAGACUGCAAAAACUGAGGAAGAUUUUACUGCUGCUGCUAAUGGGUGCCAAUACCAUUCGACUGCUGCAAUUGAUAAGUUGGAAAUCAGUAAUGUGGAAGAAACAGAUCUGGUAGCAGAACACCAGGUUCUUUCAGAGAAUCCUGUGAAGAUUGAAUCAUUAAAUGAGCUUGGAAAUUAUCAAAACAAGAAAAAGAUUGAAGAACAGGAGUCCAAAGAAACAUCCAAGAAGGGGUCACCUUUGUUGAAGCAGAGUUCUACUUCUAGAAAUGAAGCUACAGUGUCAAUGAGCAAAAAGAAACCAGAUUUUUCUUCUUUGAAUUCAUCUGUUCAUGGAGCAUUGAAGCUGCCAUCUACACCUGCCAAAUCUUCGGCUACUACACAUCCUAAGGAAUUUAAUGCCAGCCCAAGUUCUUCUUCAAAGUCAUCUGUUCAUGGAGCAUCGAAGCUGCCAUCUACACCUCCCAAAUCUUCGGCUACUACUCAUACAAGGAAGGAAUUUAAUGCCCGCCCAAGUUCUAAUUUUAAUCAUGAAGCUUCAGUAUUGAUAAGCAAAAGGAAAGCAGCAGUUCCACCUUCAAAAUCAUCCGUUUAUGGAGUAUCUAGGCUCCCAUCUUCACCUGCCAAAUCUGCAGCUGCAAUUCAUCCUCUUAAGAAGGAAAUUAAUGCAACUCCAGUAGGUAUUAAGUCCACAUUAGACUCCUGGGAUAGAAGGAGAUCAACUCCAAAGUCACUUCACAUGUCAAUCAACAUGACUCCUGCCAGAGAAAAUAAAAAGUUAGCCCCUCCGGCUCCCCUGAAAACUGAAAGUUCAAGACUUGCUGGUGCUGCUUCUAAAGCAUCUAAAAAUUGCUCAACUCCUCUGAGGACUCCAACUAUGGUAUCAGUGAGUGGGGCAGAAAAACAUCAUUUAGCAACCCCCCAGUCAGAAAAUAGAAGAGCUAAGACACCGCUUCAUCCCUCUGCCUCUGGAAGCAGGACAACAGGCCCAAAAUGGCACUUCCUCUUUACAGAUUGUUCGAAAUCUUUGAAUGCAUGCAAAAACAAAUUACAGUCUCCAAUUUUAUCAACCCCUCUCAGGUUUAAGACAGAAGAAAGAGCUGCGAAAAGAAAGGAGAGGCUUGAAGAGAGAUUCAAUGCCAAGGAGGCACAAAGAGUUCAGCUGCAAGCAAAACUCAAGGAGAAAGCAGAAACAGAGCUCAGAAAACUGCGUCAAAGCCUUUGCUUCAAAGCCAGGCCACUGCCGGAUUUUUACAAGGAAAGAGGAACACCAAGAAAUCAGACAAAGAAGGGCCCAGUAAUGCAUCCCGAAUCACCAAAGCCAGGAAGAAAACCCAGCCCCACUGCAGUACAAAGCACAGCCUCUCUACAUUCUUGGAGGCCUUUGAACAAAAACAAUAUCUCCAAUCUUGUCCUAGAAAAGAACGGUCGAUCAUCAACACGACUUUUCAGUUCACUAUCUGAAGGGAUUACACAUGAGAACACUUCACCAAAUAUUCAGCACUGAUACCUCAAAACAAGGGGUGUUGCUUUUAAGCUUGCAGUAGGAAAAAGAAUAUAUUGCAAAUUGUUAAGCAUGGCUGAAGAGGUAGAGCUAUUUCCGUGAGUACAUGAGGAGGAUUUUGUAAAUGAAAUUUGGCAGGAAGAUGGGAUCAAAUCAUCACGGAGACCCAGAAUGGAAAUUGUAUUUAUUUUUAUUUCUGUGACCAGUGUUUAUUAGCUCCGGAAUCCUAAGAAUCUUCUUUGAUCUGUACACCUAGCAGAAGUAUAAAUUUUUGCUUCUUGAACAUGGCAGGCUGGCAACAAAUGGGUUUCAGAGCUCAAAGUAUAGCUCAAAACUAGCAACAGCAUAAUUAUCUCGGCCUUACUUUGUUGAGAUAUUGCCUGCUUUCAUCUAUUAGGCUUCACAAUUUGUCCCACAAAAGACACCUCACAAGUUGAAGCUGGUUUCAUUUCUCGAUUGCUGAAUUUGCUGUAUGGGAUAACAUUGUGAGGUCCAAUGGGCUGAAGCUGGCAGUAACUGUUGGGCUGAGACCGUUACACACAACAUCAAAGCCAAUUUUCGCUUUUCAAAGCUGAAACAGGAUUGAUAGUGUGAUCAACUGUCUUGCGGGAAUUAGAGAGUAUGAUCAUCAACUCUUUUCUGGGAAUUCGAUUAGUACAUUGAGUGGGGGGAAGGAUCAAUCUAUCAUUGGGAGAGUAUUGGUUUCUCUUCCCUCUUGUUAUGUUAACUCGUUAUGUGGAACGACUUAGGUUGGCCUUUGAUAUACUAUCUUGUAGAGGUGAGGAUGGUUGAUUAUGCCAUAUAUCCUGAGUGUGAGAAAUAAAGGUUCAUUUGGUGGGAACUUAAAUAAA